UGAGGGAGCGGGCGGAGGAGGAAGUGUCAUGGCGUCGGGCCGUGGAGGUUCUUCUCGCUGGUUCUUUACUCGGGAACAGCUGGAAAACACGCCGAGCCGCCGCUGCGGAGUGGAGGCUGAUAAAGAACUCUCGUACCGCCAGCAGGCGGCCAACCUCAUCCAGGACAUGGGACAGCGUCUCAAUGUCUCUCAGCUUACUAUAAACACUGCGAUUGUUUAUAUGCACAGGUUUUAUAUGCACCAUUCUUUCACCAAAUUCAGUAGAAAUAUAAUAUCACCUACUGCAUUAUUUUUGGCUGCAAAAGUGGAAGAACAAGCUCGAAAACUUGAACAUGUUAUCAAAGUGGCACAUGCUUGUCUUCAUCCUCUUGAGCCACUGCUGGAUACAAAAUGUGAUGCUUACCUUCAGCAGACUCAAGAACUGGUUUUACUUGAAACCAUAAUGCUACAAACACUAGGUUUUGAGAUCACCAUUGAACACCCACACACAGAUGUGGUGAAAUGUACCCAGUUAGUAAGAGCAAGCAAGGAUUUGGCACAGACAUCCUAUUUCAUGGCUACCAACAGUCUACAUCUUACGACCUUCUGUCUUCAGUACAAACCAACAGUGAUAGCAUGUGUAUGCAUUCAUUUGGCUUGCAAAUGGUCCAAUUGGGAGAUUCCUGUGUCAACUGAUGGAAAGCAUUGGUGGGAAUAUGUGGAUCCUACAGUUACUCUAGAAUUACUAGAUGAGCUAACACAUGAGUUUCUACAAAUAUUGGAGAAAACACCUAGUAGGUUGAAGAGGAUUCGAAACUGGAGGGCUAAUCAGGCAGCUAAGAAACCAAAAGUAGAUGGACAAGUUUCAGAGACACCACUUCUUGGCUCAUCUUUGGUCCAGAAUUCAAUACUAGUAGAUAGUGUCACAGGUGUGCCUACAAACCCAAGUUUUCAGAAACCAUCUACAUCAGCAUUCCCUACACCGGUACCUCUAAAUUCAGGAAAUUUAUCUGUUCAGGACAGCCAUACAUCUGAUAAUCUGUCAGUGCUAGCAUCAGGAAUGCCCAGUACCUCAUAUGGUUUGUCAUCACACCAAGAAUGGCCUCAGCAUCAAGAAUCAACAAGGACAGAACCGAUUUAUUCACAGAAACAGGAGACAUCUUUGUCUGGUAGCCAAUACAACAUCAACUUCCAGCAGGGACCUUCAAUAUCACUGCAUUCAGGAUUACAUCAUAGAACUGACAAAAUUUCUGAUCAUUCUUCUGUUAAGCAAGAAUAUGUUCAUAAAGCAGGGAGCAGUAAACACCAUGGGCCUAUUUCUGCUACUCCUGGAGUAAUUCCUCAGAAAAUGUCUUUAGAUAAAUAUAGAGAAAAACGCAAGCUAGAAACUCUAGAUCUUGAUGUAAGGGAUCAUUAUAUAGCUGCCCAGGUAGAGCAGCAACACAAACACAUGCAGUCACAGGCAGCCAGCAGCAGUUCUGUAACUUCUCCUAUUAAAAUGAAAAUUCCCAUCACAAAUACUGAAAAACCUGAAAAAUUCAUAGGAGAGAAAAAGGAAAAAAGUGGAUCACUAAAAUUACGGAUUCCAAUACCACCCACUGAUAAAGGCACCAGUAAGGAAGAACUGAAGAUGAAGAUAAAAGUUUCAUCCUCAGAAAGACACAGCUCUUCUGAUGAAGGCAGUGGGAAGAGCAAACAUUCAAGCCCUCAUAUUAGCAGAGACCAUAAGGAAAAGCACAAGGAGCAUCCUGCAAACCGUCACCAUGCAAGCAGUCACAAGCAUUCCCACUUACAUAGUGGCAGCAGCAGUGGCAGUAAAUACAGUGCUGAUGGAAUACCACCCACUGUUUUGAGGAGUCCUGUUGGCCUGAGCAGUGAUGGCAUUUCCUCUAGUUCCAGUUCUUCAAGGAAGAAGCUGCAUAUCAAUGAUGCCUCUCACAACCAUCACUCCAAAAUGAGCAAAAGUUCCAAAAGUUCAGGUAGUUCAUCUAGUUCUUCCUCCUCUGUUAAGCAGUAUAUAUCCUCUCACAACUCUGUUUUUAACCAUCCCUUACCCCCUCCUCCCCCUGUCACAUACCAGGUGGGCUACGGACAUCUCAGCACCCUCGUGAAACUGGACAAGAAGCCAGUGGAGACCAACGGUCCUGAUGCCAAUCACGAGUACAGUACAAACAGCCAGCAUAUGGACUACAAAGACACAUUCGACAUGCUGGACUCGCUGUUAAGUGCCCAAGGAAUGAACAUGUAAUCAUUUGUUUAGGUCAAUUUUUCCUUUACUUUUUUAAUUUAAAAAUGGUUAAAGUGGAAAACUUCCUCCUGAUCUAGCAGUGGUAACACCUGCUGUUGCUGCCACUGCUUCAAAAUUUGUAAGUGCUGCUUUAUUCUUCAUUCUGAAAAGAAGAGAUUAUAGUAAACAAGUCUUUAUCUCCACAUAUGAUAGUGUUUAUAAAUACUGUAAAAGCAUGGAAGGUGCAAAACUCAGUAUUUCUACAAUUGCAGCUAAGAACAUUAAGAUGAAUGGCUGGCUGCUUCUAGGAAUAUAAGAUGCCUCAAGCAUCCAUUAUUUAUAAUUUGAAUACUGUAGCUAUUUUUUUGUUGCUUGGCUUUUGAAUGAGUGUAAAUUGUUUUCUUUUGUGUAUUUAUACUGUAUGUAUGAUUUGCAUGUUUCAAUGAUAAAGGGAUAAAACAGUAUGCUGACAACUGUUUACAAGAAAGUGGAGAAAAAUGUACAUACAUUUUUGUAUGUUUAGAUAUUACCAUAAAUACUCAGGAUUGGAGCUGCUUAUAAGUAUAACAAUAUACAGAAUAACUUUAUUUUCUCUUGUCAGAGUCCAUCACUAACCUAAAACAAAGGUGGCACUUUUUCAUGUUAACCUUAAACUCUAGGCCUUACUGGAAGCCAUUAGAGGGGGACACUUCACUACCGGAUGGGUAUGCAGUGCCACAGAUGGUCUAUACUGUGAGGCACUCAAUUUUUGCCUUCAGAGGUUUUGACCAGAUUGGCUGCUGAAAUAACCCCUAAUUUUCUGAAGGCUUGAAGAGGAAAAAAUAAAGUUUACAUACUCUUGAUGUGAAGUGCAUUUAAGUGUUUGUUGGCUUGUUGCAGUACUACAAAACAGCUAUUAAUAAUGGAUAUGUGGAUUACUGUGAUUUGAAAACUAAAUUCACAAAAACUUACAUAGUGAAGAAUUAGUAAGUUUUUCCUUAAAGAACUUUUAACACUACAUAUUUUAACAGUAAACAAGGAUCACUUUACCUUUAGCAUUCAGAAUUACACCGUAUUGUUAAAUAUACUCCUCCCCUGAAGUGUGUCUGUGUGUGAUGCCAUAUUUUUUUCAGGUAAAUGCAGUCUUCCUUAUAAAAAUGAAAUGAAACCUAUGCUCUCUUAAUUGUUUUAUAUUCUAACAAUAAAAAGAUCACUGACUGUGCAUUGUACCUGUACUUACAGCUUAUGAUUGUUAUCAGAAAGUUCUAUAAGAAAAAAAAAAACUUCAGUCUCCAGUCAAACCACUCUAGUGGAGGUUUUAUAUUUGUUUGCACAUCUCAGUAUAUUCCUGUUGAGGUAAAGUUUGCACAGUCAUCUGACUCCUGAUUGAAUAAUAGACUUUAACAUGGUUAAAUUUUGUCUUAGAACACCAGUAGUAUGGCUCUUGUUUAUUGGCUAAUCUUGAAUUUAUUCUGUGGUAUACCUUCGAGCUGUUUAGUAUCUUUGAGAUGGGUUGGAUUCAACUUCUGUUGAACGGAAAACUGUCUUAAUUUUUCCUCUGUGUAUAUGAACUAUUUUUGUUACAAAGCCACUGAUAUGUGCACAAUUGUAAUUUUACUCAAAAAUCUUGUGGUUGUAAAUAUUAAGAGUUUAAUCUUGUGCUCUACUUUUAUUUAGCAGUUACCUUAUUUGCCAGUAGCUUAUAAUUUUUUUAAGAUAAUUGUUAAUUAUUUUUGUCAAUGUUAUUUGAACUUGGGAAACUAGCAGCCUCUUUGUAGGGACUUUGCCUAGCUAGCAUGUCCACAUUUGUUAUUGUCUUGCAUAACAUUAGUAAUCUUUGUCAUUAUAUGUAACUUUGUUGCUCUGUAUGGCAUAAUAUUGUAUCCAUAAACAUGGUAAUUUUGAUACAGUUAUACUUUUACAGUGGUACAUAAUCCAAGGACUAGUAUAGAAUUAAGCUGAAUGCAAGAUGAGGGAGGGAAGGGUUUUUGUUCUUGGUAAUUUUAGAUGUGAAACCUCUACAGAGCUAUCAUGUGAAAUGACAUAGGGUGGUUGUGCUACUGUAUAAUUGGGGAUAAAACCAGGAAUUUUAAUAAGAUUUUGUAAAGAGUAUCCAGAAAAGUAGCGAAUUUAUUUUCAGUAUAGCAUAGAAAACAAUGUGAAUAUUUAAGGUCUGUGACUGUAGUUAAACUUCACUAAGAAUUUGCAGAAUUGUUUUGAGAUGUGGGAAUAAAGGUAAUUUUGUUGAAUCUUUAUUGGUGCUAACGAUGGACAGUUAAAAAGAUAGCUAGUGUAUAUUGUUAUGGGUCAGUACUUAUUAGUACUUCCAAAAUUGAAUUUGAAAUGCUAUGUAUUUACUUUUCACUCUGUAAAUGUAAUUCUUUACAAUGACUUUAUUUAUUAAAGGGCAGCCGGUUGUGAUUUUUACAGGAUCGUGUGAGCUAUUGAAACUCUUUAACCUCUGAACAGGAUAUUAAGCUUCCAGAACCACAAUGGGGAUAAAUGUGGAAAUCUUUUAAAGUUUAUUUCCAUUAAACAAAAAUCUUAUAAUUCA